GUUCAAAAUGGCGACCGUAGGGGGAAUCCCUCUGAGCAAGGUCAGUCCAGCCUUUUUACAUGCAAACUCUACCAGUCACACAUGGGUAUUCAGUGCUUUUGCAGAACUCAUUGAUAAUGCAUAUGAUCCAGAUGUAAGUGCAUCAGAGCUGCUAAUUGAGAAAGAGGACAUUGGUAAUGUUCCAAGCCUCAUAUUUCUGGACAAUGGAGCAGGGAUGAACUCGGAACAUUUGUUGAAAAUGUUGAGCUUUGGCUUUUGUGAAAAAGAUGUCUAUGAAAGGACUGGGUCACACAUGCCUAUUGGCCAUUAUGGAAAUGGCUUCAAGUCCGGCUCAAUGAGGAUUGGCAAAGACGCCCUGGUGUUCACUCGUUGUCGGGAGAGUGCCAGUGUGGGGUUUUUGUCACAGACGUAUCUCGCGGCAAUACGGGCAGAUUCUGUUCAAGUACCCAUCCUCACGUACAGACUGCCAAGACUAGAGAGAGUCAAGAGUCAAGAAUCAAGGAACAACCUCAACGCUAUCUUGGAAUACUCUAUUUUCAACUCUGAAGCUGAUCUGAAAACACAGCUCAGGAGUCUGGAGGGGUCUAAGACAGGAACUAAGAUCUACAUAUACAAUUUGAAGAAGCAUCAAGACCGCACCUAUGAACUGGACUUUUCUAGUGACCUUCACGAUAUCAGAUGUCCAGAAGCUCAUGAAGUAGACUUGACUUCGGUAUACCACAGACCUAUCCAGAUGCAGACGUCAGAGUACAAGCGUUCGCUAAGGGAGUAUUGCAGUGUUCUAUUCUUAAAGCCGCGAAUGAAGAUCACCAUCCGUGGCAUGAGGGUGAAAACCAAAAUGAUCUCAAAGUCUUUGUCACAUACAGAGAUUGAUGCUUAUAAACCUACUUGGCUGUCUCGACCCGUGAAAAUCAUUUUUGGAUUUACCUGUGAGAAGGAUAAAUCAGAAGACUAUGGGAUGAUGCUGUACCACAGGAACAGACUCAUUAAAGCUUUUGAAAAAGUGGGCUUUCAAAAGCAAGCAAAUGACUUGGGCAUCGGUGUUGUUGGUGUGGCACAAGUAGAUUUCCUGCAACCAAUUCACAACAAACAAGAUUUUAACAAAGAUGAGAAGUUCAAUUCUGUAAUGCUCAACUUUGGCAACAAGUUGAAUGACUACUGGAAUGAAAAGAAGGGAGGUGACUCGAAUGCUGAACCAAUUACACAGAGGUCCCACCCUGACUGGCUAUGGGCCCAGUGUGACAUGUGCCUGAAGUGGCGUCGUUUGCCAGACAGUGUUGACGGCGAUUCUCUUCCUGACAUGUGGUACUGCAGGUUGAAUCCCGAUGCCACUCACAAUCGCUGUGAUAUUCCUGAGGAACCAGAAGAUGAAGACCUGGCUGUUCGCCCAUCGUAUGAGAAAACUUUCAAGAAAAAACAGGAGGAAAGGAAGAGAAUAAAGUUGAAAGAACGAGAAAAGGAAGAGGAAAUAAAGAAGAGGCGCAUGAUGGAAAAAGAGAGAGAACUGAAUAAGAAAGAGGCAGAGCUACGAGCUAUUCAGAAUAUACAAGCAAGAGUAUCUGGGCAGCAGGUUUCUGUUGCUCCUCGGGACAACCACAGGGCCAUGGAGUCUGUGCAGAAGGCCCUGGCCGAGUCACGGCGGCGUGAGGAUCAGCAGAAAAGACUCAUCUUGCAAAUGCAAGAGCAGCGCAAGCAAGUGGAGGAAGAGCACCACUCACUGCAGGGCAGACUGCAGAUGAUGGCGGACAACAUGGUGAAAGGCGGACAGCAAAAAACAGCAGAGGUAAUGGCUCAGAUGAGACAGUUGCUGGGCAGUUUGACUUCAAAAUCAGAAAAACCAGCGGCCCCGAAAAGAAGAGCACAGCCACUAGCUUUCAACCAAGGAAGCAGACAAAUGAGCAUUAAGACUGAAUCUGGUGAAGAGAUAUCUAUUACUGAAAACACUUUUGAUGACGAAGAUGAAGAUGACUCUUACCGCCCUAGGAGCAACAAACAGUUUGCUGCUUCCAUCUCAGGGCAGAAACCUUCAGUCUCCAAACCAGCAUUAAAAGGUUUGGGUACAUCGAACGGUGCUCAACAAUCCUUCCAGCGCAACCACAGUCAACGCCAGGCAGGCGUUACGAGUACCCCACCUCUCCACAAAACUCCGGAAAAUUCCAGGAAAGUUGCAGCUGCCCUGACCCCUGCAGCUACAUUAACCCCUGGGGCACGGCGUAGGCAGGAGCAGGCCAAGGUCUCAGCAGGCCCAGAACCUGUGGUCUUAGACUUGACGGACGAUUCUCUGUAUGAAGAUGUGCAGUGGGACGUAAAGCCAAAUGUUGAAGACCUCAAAUCCAAUGGGUCUCAGAACCAGGACAUUAAGCCAGACCGAAAUACCCUUGACCGUGCAAUAUCUAAUAAGGAAACCCCAAACAGUUCUGGGACCAAAAAGACAGCUCUCGUGGACCUAAAGAAGGAAGUAGAGGAAUCGCCCAAGCAGGCCCAUGGGCAAGAUAAGGUGACCAAAAGUCCAGAGCCGACCACCAAGUCAAAAGAUUCAAAGGAGACAUCAGACACUAUAUCAUUUGGGCCGUCUGAGGAUGAUCCCGAGUUCAAGAUGGGAGCCCCUGACAGUUUUCAGGGGAAUUUGGAGGCGGCAAUGGCAGCGAUCAGAGAACGGAUGGAGAUGGAAGCUGUAAAUGGAGGCAAAGAUUCAACAGCUGGUACUGAGAGCAAGGCUGAUGGAGAGGUCUCGGAGAGUAAGGAGCCAGAGCAAGGUGGUGGAGGAGGUCAUGAGGAUUUUGACGACGAUGACAUUGGUAUUGGGAUAGAUUCAUGUGAUGAGGAGGAUUCUGUGAAAGAUGCCUAUGCAAAGAAAGAUGAAGCCGGAUCGAAUUCUCGACUGUCUGAUAAUAAGGAAAUUGCAGAAAAUAACACAUGUAAAACAGGCAAAGAAACUGAUGGUGGAGAUGUGGUUGAUAAUAAAGAGAGAGGGACGGAACUGGGGGUUCUCCAAGAUUCAGGUAAAAAGGAUGGGCACAAUGUAGAAACUCUAAAGGACGAAAAUGGGACAAUAGCAACGUCGGGUGGUCCUGACGAGGGACAAAAUGCAAAGGUUCAUAGUUCAGUGAGGGCAGAUGAAGUUGGGGAAACUGUUAAUGCGCAACCUGAAGAUCAGGAGGGUAAAGUGGAUAGGGAUGAGGCUUUGGAAGAGAGUUCUUCAGAGGAAAAAUGCUGCUCUGAUGAUGAAACGGUCAAAAAGAAGUCGGGGAGGAACGAUUCCCUGUCCCUGAUGGAACACGAUGAGGUGACCUCUAAAGCUACAGAGGCUUACAAAGCAAUCCUAGAGUCUGCCAUGAGAGGUGCUGAUGCUGAGAAUGAGACUUGUGGUGAAGAUGACGCUGUAGCCGACGAUGGAAACUCUGAAGGCAGGGAAACUUUGGAUGUAAGUAUGGACUGUGGGUCUGAUGUAGGGGAAAGAGGUAAUGGAGAUAGUUGGGACAAGGAGCCUGUGUCAGGCAGUCCAGCAGUCACAAAUACGUCUGUCGAAGCCUCCGAUGCUUGUAGUUCCUGCACACCUUCCAGUGGUUUGUCUCGUGAUGACUCUUCUAAAAGUGAUGGUCAAAAAACGUGUGUGUCUAUUAAAAGUAAUGUCACAAGUGAAAAGCAAACUACUUGCACAAAAUGUAUUCAAACAGACAUUGACUUGGAAGCAAUGGAGACCAGUUUCUCUCUAAACGCUUCGGUGUGUGGUAGCAGCAAAAGUGUGUGUGAUGUGACUGUUCAGACACAGCCCCAAGACUCGGACAGGGACACUGGUGGACCAGACGUGUCUGAGAGAACUAUGCCGCACGCCCAAGUGCAAACCGACCCAGCAGAGCUCUCUUGUGAUUCAGAAGCAGAAGAGUUAGUGGAACUGCGCACCAAGCUGGAUCUGAAGAGCAAAAUGCUGACCGACAGUGAAGGGCGUGUGGAGAAACUGUGCAAGAAUGUCCAUCGCCUGCUGGGCUACAUCGUCACGGAUACAGAUGUGGGCAGUGUGGCCGGCAUCGAGCAGAUGGUGGAGGAUAUGAUCAAGGCACAGGAAGAGUCCUCGCCCAGUUUCUAGUAGCCAUUCUAGACACAUAGGUCCUACCCCUGCUUUCCCAACAGUUUUCCUAUAGAAGGGGAAAUAAGAUUAAUCUUUAGCCACUCCAGUUGUCAUUGUCGACAUGCUAUAAAUUAGAAGGAGACCGUCGACUGAGAGGGUCUUAGCAAUACUGUAGCACAGCAACAGUUGAAAUUUGGUGCACGUUUUGUGCAUUUUGUCAGUCGGAAUCAGAGAAAGUCUUUUCUCCUUCUGAAAUGUACAUGGAAAUGUGCUGCAAAAGUUAAUGACACAGAGAAAUGAAUUUUUUAGUCUACAUGUAGUUAAAUGAAGAAAACUUUUCAGGGACUUUUACUGUAUUCCAUUGGUUACUUGAUUAACAUUGUCUUUCCAGGUUGUUAUAAAGUCCUGUGUCAUUUUAUAUUAAUUUUAUAUUAUGUAAUACAUGCAAUUAUAAUUAUUGAUCUUUUGAUUUUAGUUUUAGUCUUAGGGUGAGUUGUGAAGCCAAACCGGAAUUUUUGCCAUCCUCUCCAAACAUAUGUGGUGUGUUAAUGGCCUUUUGACUCGGAGUUGAGAUCUAGAAUUUUAUACUGUGUGUAUGUUAGAGAGUGUGUGGGAGGGGUGUCUGCAAGAACAGGCACGGUUAUGUACAGUACUUGUACAUUGUAUGUACUGACAUUCAAUUUUUGUUUGGUUGCCAGUACUAUAUAAAGCUCCUUUAACCAUAUUGGGAUGGGGUCUGUAUGUAUUAUUAUCAUUAUUAUUAUUGACUAUUAUUUGGUGGGGGGGGGGGUAGGUGUUUGUCUACUUCAAAGCAUUUUGCUCCAUCUGUGUUUUUUUAGCAUUCUCUGAAUUCCUGUGCAAUACAAAAUCAAGUAUGAAUAUAUUUGAUUUGAUUUUUUGCUGCCAUUUUUGGGAUACAAGUAUUUUCUGAAUCCCGUACUUAUCAGAGAUGUUGAACGUUCAAGACUUUUUGUUUUUAUUUGAUCAUUACAGUCCACGCCGGCUUUAACUACUUAAACUUUAAGCACGUUUCGGACUCAAGCAUGCUAAACGGCUCUUACCGAAUUUUUGCUAUAUAAAUUACACG